AUGAAGAUUUUUUUUAUCAAGUUAUUUGUAGAAAUCUAGAAAUCAAAAAGGCACUAUUUGUCUACAACGAAAUUUUAACGUUCAAAAUUUUCCAUUGCUAAUGAUAAAACAUUAAAAUUAUUUUGGCUUCAUCUAAAUCAACGAAAAUGUCAGCUGGUGCUAAAAUUGCUUUGGCACUGUCGAUUGGAUUUUCCGCUAGCGUUAUUGGUUAUGUACAUUAUAAACAAAGUUCCGACCGCGCACGCCUACAUGAUGGAGUCGUUCGAGAUAUUGAACGACAACAACGUCGCAAGACAGAGAACACCUACCUGCUUCAAAAACAAAUUGACCUUACAAAACAACUUAAGGAUAUGGAAAGUUCCGAAAAGCAGACUGAGAUUAAUCACAAGUCAAAUAUUCAAUGAAAAAAAGCAUAUAACAAUAAAACUUGAAAAUUAGUCAUAAUGAAAAGCCUUCA